AUGUUGCUUCGGCAUCCCCAACACCAUCGUCAUGGACAAUGGCCGAUAUGUCUUUGCUUCGCCUCCCCAGCCCUUCCUCAAUCUAAUGGCCAGGUGGAAGCCGUGAACAAGAUCAUCAAGAAAACUCUAAAAACCAAGCUUGACAAAGCUAAGGUUUGCUGGCCAGAGCUACUCCCAGAGGUUCUCUGGUCCUACCGCACUACCUUCCAUACCUCAACAGGAGAAACACCUUUCUCUCUCUCCUUUGGUACCGAAGCAGUGGCACCAGUGGAGAUUGGCCAGCCCACAUACCGAACCUCCACUUAUGAGGCCGACGCCAAUGAGAGCAGCUAG